CUCGGGCAGCAGCGGCACACGGAAGCAGCAGACCGCACUCCGCUCCAACUUCGAAAAACCCUUUAAAAGGCCCGAAACAAACGAAACCAAUCAUAAUCCCAACUUCCAAUUGGACUGCCAAUAUAACGCCUUGAAACGAACAGGCGUGUAAAAAGUGAAAUUCGUCCACUUUUCGCAGUCGAUUUCGCAAUCUUAUCGGGCGUAAUAAAGAUAAAUAUUACAAAAUUCAAUUAAAGCAAUUGGCAGCUCGUUAAAUCGUUGAAGUUUACACCAAGGCUAAAUUGUGUUUCAGCUAAGCCAAGAUAACGAAAAGCUAAAGAAACGUCGCCGCGGCUUAAAACUUUUUAACACUUUCCAUUUCGUUCGGAGACGUUUUCGUUGGGUUCGUCAUCGCAGCGGUCGCCUUUCGUCGAGUGUGUUAAAUAAUAAUAGUAAACAAAAAAGUGAACGAAACUACCACAUUUUUCGGCAAAUGUUCAACGGCUUUGUGAACUGAAAACGGAGACUGCAUUUUAAGUUGACGAUUGGCAAGAUGCAAACGAAGGUGUUACUGCUGUGCCUGGUACUCUCCUUGGGAACAUUUCUGACCGCUCAGGGACAAUCGGAUGCCGGGAACGAUGAGGAGCAACCAUUACAUUUGACCAACGACGCGUCUUUCUUUCAGCCGCAUCUUCACGAUCGACGACUGGGUCGGCAGUUGAGCGAGGAUCUUGCCGAGAGCCAGAGCUCGGCCAGCAGUGUCAGCAGCAGCAGUCAGUCCGGCUCCGCCUACGAGGAUGACGAUGACGACGUCGAGGGUUCCAGUGAGUACUACGAUAGCGACGAGGAACAGUCCGAGGGCAGCAACGAAUCCCUGCCUCGUUUGCUCUCCCAAUCCACCUUUAAUCGCAUCUCUGAGACGUUGGGAGCGCUCAACCAUAUGGGGCACAUGCUGGUGGACAUAACUCGCGGUGGACAGGAUCAGGCCAAAACGGAGGGGGCGGAGAAGAGUGAGGAAACGAGCCAGGACAAUAGUCAGUCAGGUGGAUCUUCCAGCGUGACGACGAGUGCUUUCAGCACCACCGAAGUGGUUCCCUCUUCCACAUCCUCCCCACAAGGAAAAUCGGAACCACUGCCAGGAGUCUCCGACAAACUUAUGGAUCCUCUACCGAUUACACUAUCUGCCAAUAGUUUACUACCAGCUGGCAAGCCUGCGAAUCUUAGUGUUAUCCAAGUGGCCACCAAAAGAAUCGGCAUAGAUGACUCUGCUCCCAUGUUUGUGGAGAACAAGGAGCUAAAGCUGAAGAAAAAAAAGAAGAAGAAUAAGAACAAGCAGAAGGUCAAGAAGCCCAGUGAAGAAGGAGCCGCGAUACCGGUAGUCCAGGGAGCUCAGCAAUCGCAGCAGAAGAUCAAGAUACCUACUACUCCGCGCACCACAACUACGUCCACCACCACAGAGGCACCUAUUACUCUGAUCCCAUUGGACCAGUUGGCAGAGGCUAGUGAUGAGGCAGGAACCGGGAAAGAUGUGGAAAACUACUGCAAGACGCCAAGUGGAAGGCGAGGACGUUGCGAGGAUCUCAGCAGUUGUCCCGCUCUGCUGCUGAAUCUCAGCAGCUUGAGGGAAUCCCUGUGCUUCAAGAGUCUCUAUGUGCCGGGCGUGUGCUGCCCCAUUUCCUCAUCCUCCACUGUCUUGACCACUCAAAAGCCUCUGAGGCUGACCACUCGUGCCACGACGACCACCAGCACCACCAAGGCCACGCAGCCCACGAAGAAAAGCACCGUUCGACCCACCACGCGCCCCACAUCUGGUCUCGUGCUCAUUCCCCAGAAGAAACCGCCCACUACAACGACUACCACUACGACGGAGGUGCCUCUGGAGCCGGAGGGUCUGGACGAGAUCGGCAACAACAUUGUCGAUCCCGAUGAGUGCGGUCAGCAGGAGUACUCAACUGGUAGGAUUGUGGGCGGAGUGGAAGCUCCGAAUGGUCAGUGGCCAUGGAUGGCAGCCAUUUUCCUCCAUGGACCCAAGCGCACGGAGUUCUGGUGCGGUGGUUCGUUGAUUGGCACCAAAUAUAUCCUGACAGCUGCGCAUUGUACGCGGGACUCGCGACAGAAACCAUUUGCUGCUCGACAGUUUACUGUUCGCUUGGGUGACAUCGAUCUGUCCACGGAUGCGGAACCCUCUGACCCCGUGACAUUCGCCGUUAAGGAAGUGCGCACCCAUGAGCGAUUCUCCCGCAUUGGUUUCUACAAUGACAUUGCCAUCCUGGUUUUGGAUAAGCCCGUGAGGAAAUCAAAGUAUGUGAUCCCAGUCUGCCUGCCAAAGGGAAUCAGGAUGCCGCCCAAGGAACGGCUUCCCGGACGUAGAGCCACCGUUGUGGGCUGGGGCACCACCUACUACGGUGGUAAGGAGUCCACCAGCCAACGGCAGGCGGAACUGCCCAUCUGGCGGAAUGAGGAUUGCGACCGCAGUUACUUCCAGCCCAUCAACGAGAACUUCAUCUGUGCAGGAUACUCCGAUGGUGGAGUGGAUGCUUGUCAGGGCGAUUCUGGCGGUCCUUUGAUGAUGCGAUAUGACUCCCACUGGGUUCAACUGGGAGUGGUCUCCUUUGGCAACAAGUGUGGUGAGCCGGGGUAUCCAGGUGUCUAUACUCGAGUCAGUGAAUACCUUGACUGGAUACGCGAUCACACGAGGGAUUAAUCGCAUUCCCGCCGAUCCACCGAUCCACCUUAGCCGUAACUGUAGCCUAGGUUUAGGUACGCACUAGUCUAUGUACUCUUAAUGAACCUCCCCUCCUGAUCUUUGCAGUGUACUAUUUAUUAACCGCAUCCCAUCGCCAUGUUGAUUGGCAUUUGUUGACUAAAUUAAUAUAUAUAUUAUAUUUAAUUUUGAUAAAUAAACUGUGUAAA